GUUUCAUUACAAUUUCUUGUUACGCUUCCCUCUAUCACAACUACUCAAAUUUUUGUUGUUCUUCCGCCAGGCGCCAACCUAAAUUGGAGAAGAGAUGGAGAGGUUGAACAAGGGCGAUUUCGUAUUGAAGAGGAAGACAACGACUACGAGUACUAGGGCGAAGAAGAAGAAGAAGCCAACUCCAUACACAUCCGAUGAUGUGAUAUUGGCAUCUUUGUCAGUACUUCCGGACGAUUUGCUAGUGAUGAUCGUGGCACGCGUUCCAAUAUUGUACUAUCGGACUCUGUCACUAGUCUCCAAGAGCUUUCGAUCUAUGGUGGUUUCACCUGAGCUUUACAAGGUCAGGUCAGUCUUGGGCCUCACGGAGAGUUGUCUCUAUGUGUGCUUGAGGUUCGGGAUGGGUUCUUAUAAGUGGUACACCCUCUCCUCCAAGAGUAAGAGUAGUGGCGGCUAUGUUUUGGCUAGCGUCCCAAUGCCCGGUGAUGAUUCUCCUCGGGUGGCGGGUUUGGGUUUUGGUUAUUCAGAUCUUGUGGCUGUUGGUUCUGAUAUCUACAACAUUGGCCAAGCAGAUAAAACCACCCCCACCUCUAGUGUCUCGAUUCUUGAUUGCAAGUCUCACAUGUGGCGUAAGGCUCCCAGCAUGCCAGUCGAGCUAGAGUCACUUUCUGCCACUGUCCUUGAUCGAAAUAUAUUUGUACUAGGACGACGCUACCAUCAAUACGGUUCCUGGAAGAGCUUGCUCCAGGUAUUCAACACAAAUACGCAAACUUGGGAUAUCCCUUGGUGUGUAUUGGACCAAGCCAGUCACAUUUUUAAUAUUAACGGAAAUCUCCACGCGGUUAAUAUAUUUGGUUGGGUGUUUGCUUUCAAUUCAAAGCAAGGUAAAUGGGACCAGCUGGUUGAAAUAGAUCCAAUUGUGGGUGAAAUUAAGUAUUCGGAAUCUUACUGCGAGAUUGACAAUGUUCUCUACUCUGUUUCUAAAGAAGGAGCUCUGAGAUGGUAUGACACCGACAAGACAAGAUGGAGAGAUUUGAAGGGUUUGGUAGGACUACCUAAGUUGCCUGGUCGUUUUGCUGGUUAUGGUUCUUAUGUUAAAUUAACGGCUUAUGGUGGUGGAAAGAUGCUGGUUUUCUGGAGUAGAAAAUCUUGUAUUCUUUUGUCUCACAUGGAGACCAUAUAUUGUGCCGAGAUAGCGCUUAGAAAAGGCAAAGGAGACUGUUGGGGGAAACUUGAGUGGUAUGAUGGUGUGCUUUCAGUCCUUGCGGGAACUGAGUUAGUUAAGAUUUUUUCUGUAACGCUUUGA